AUGAGGCCACGUUUCGCUGUUCUGCUGGCCGCCGGCAGAGGGAAAUGGACCGGUACAGUGACGGCUGGCGCCGGAAAUGUAUCCCGUGACACGUGGCGGAACGUGACUGGGCGAUCCGCGCACUCGGGCCGACACGAGGACUGGUGGAUUCCGGAUAAGGUCAGCAGCAGCACUAACGACCAAGCUGGAGCUGCAGUGCGCGAUCCCCACCGCGAACUCGCUGCUGGUAGUGGCACGACUAGUAGUAAUGCGAACAGCGUGGUCGGCAGCAGUAAACACGCUGCUAGUGCUAGUGCUAGCACUAGUACCCGUCAGGCCGAUACUACUUGGAAAGGUGGAGCUAGUGGUAACCCGAACAGUGGUGUCGCGACCCCAGAGCCGUUUCGCAGAGCCCUUUCCGCCCCCCGCCGCACCGCGCCGUCCCUCCCCUUAACGCCUGCAGCCGUCCCUGUUGAAACAGCGGGAGUGCUUGUAGAGGGUAUGACGACGUUCCGAAGGGAAAUGUGGAGCCGCGCCGCUGCAGCUGCUUCAGAAGAGGAAAGGCAGGACGAGGAACUACAAGGAGGGGAGAGGCAGGGGGAGGUGAGGCAGGGGGAGGUGAGGCAGGAGGAGGGAAUGCAGGGAGACGGGAGGCCGGGAGAGGGGCUCGUGGUGAGGGACGGUGAGAGGAGAGACGCUGAGGCGGACGGGAGCGGGAGGGAGGCUGAAAGGAGGGGAGAAGGGAGAACGGAGGCGUUUGAAAGAACGAAAGGGGUGCACGGGGUGGUGGUGAACAGAGGCCGAGGGAACAUCGUCAUCCCAGCAGGUAAAGGACCCCUUGCAUCCCUUCUUCCCAUUCUUUCGGCGCUCGCGACUCACCAUUGGGUUGCCGCUCUUGUGCUAUUGCUGCUGAUGU